AUUUGUGUACCCCAGGAUUUCUGUAAUUUUAAUUCGGGAUUCUUUACAACCAUUUAUGAACCAUUGAACCAGUUCAGUUCACCCUGCCUCCAACCGAAGGGGCGCCAUUAGCCACCCUAAAUUAGCAUAGACAUUGCCAGGGCCUAGGGAACUCCAAGUACUACACAGCAAUCGAUGGCCGAAGUAAUGGAUGCGCCUGUCGAAGGCGUGGAUCGCCGUCGUGAACGGAGUAAGGACAAGUCCGCCGACGAGCUCGAGCCUCCUCCUCCACCUCCUCCGCUACGGCGAGGCCGUGACCGGGACUCUCGGGAACGGAGGGACGACAGGGACUCUGACAGAAGAGGUAGCCGAGGGGACUACUCCGACCGUAAACGGUCCCCUCCGCCCCCGCCGCUUCGGGAGCGUGACUACAAGCGGAGUCGCCCUAGCUCCAGCCCUCCCCCACCCUACCGUGAUCGGCGAGGCGGCCGCUCUCCCCCCUCACGACGCUCGCCACAUUAUUCUUCCAAGCGCUCUAGGAGAGAUGAGUAUGAUGGCCGACGUGGAAGCCCUAGAGGAGGAUACGGACCUGGUGAACAGAGAUUUAGUGGUGAGCAUGACGAUCCAAUAGGCCAUGAGCGUGAAAUGGGGGGAAGGCAUAGACAUCCAGAUGAGAGGUCGCAUGGUCGAUAUGUUGGGCGUUCUUCUGACUCGGGUUCUGGUCGGAGUGGAUAUGGUGAUGCUGUUGUAUCACGAGGUGCCCAAAGAGAAGGAUUGAAGUCAUAUAAACAGUUCAUUCAGGAACUUGAAGAUGAUAUCUUGCCAGCUGAAGCUGAGCGCAGGUAUCAAGAAUAUAAGUCUGGAUAUAUAGAAGCCCAGAAAAGAGCAUAUUUUGAUACACAUAAAGCUGAAGAAUGGUUAAAAGACAAGUACCACCCAACAAAUUUGGUCACUGUAAUAGAAAGGAGAAAGGACCAUGCACAGAAACUAGCAAAAGAUUUCCUUCUUGAUUUGCAAAGUGGAGCGUUAGACUUAGGCCCUGGUGUUACCCCUACACCCUCAAACAGGACAGAACAGCCCAGUAACCCCAAUACAGAUGAUGAAGCAGAGGGUGCUGACAAAAGAAGACGGAAAGGAAGGGGAUCAUCUAAAGAUGCAAUGUUAUUUUCAGAUGCUCCAAAGGCUCACCCAGUCAGUUCUGAGCCCAGAAGAAUUCAUAUUGACAUUGAACAAGCACAAGCACUUGUGUCAAAGCUUGAUUUGGAAAAGGGAAUUGAAGAAAACAUAUUAUCCCGGUCUGAUAAUGAUGUAGCUGGCAGGGACAAGAGCCAUGGCAGUUCCUCUGGCACAGUUGUUAUAGUGAGGGGGUUAACUUCAGUUAAAGGUCUUGAGGGACCUGAGCUUCUAGAAACUCUUCUAACCUAUCUCUGGCGCGUUCAUGGAGUGGAUUAUUAUGGUAUGACUGAAGCAAAUGAAGCUAAGGGCCUCAGACACGUCAAAUUUGAUGGCAAGAUUUCUGACACAAAUAGUAAUGGGGCAGAUUGGGAAACAAAACUAGAUUCGUAUUGGCAAGAGAGGCUGAACGGACAAGAUCCCUUGGAGGUCAGAACAGCCAAGGACAAGAUUGAUACAGCUGCAGUAGAAGCUUUAGAUCCAUAUGUGCGCAAAAUUAGGGAUGAAAAGUAUGGGUGGAAGUAUGGUUGUGGAGCGAAGGGUUGUACAAAGCUCUUUCAUGCUGCUGAGUUUGUUCAUAAACACUUAAAGUUGAAGCACACAGACUUGGUGUUGGAGUUAACCUCUAAAGUGCGUGAGGAUUUAUACUUCCAGAAUUACAUGAGCGAUGAGAAUGCACCUGGUGGGACGCCUAUUAUGAUGCCCUCUCUGUCGAAAGAAAAAUUGCAGAGGCAAAGGCCUAGUAUAGAAAGCCGACUUAAAGAUGAUAGAGGUGACCAACGAGAACGUAAUGGCCGCCGUCUAAAUGGCAGUGAAAGAUUUGACAGGUCUGAGAAUCCACUCUCAGAAAACCAGUCCAAAGAUGAUGAUGGAGGCCAUCCAGAUGAUCAAAUGUUUGAUUCAUUUGCUGGACAUGGGAUUCCUGUUGCUGCUUUUCAUUCAGAUAUAGCCCCUCCCCCUGUGCUGAUGCCUGUACCCGGAGCUGGUCCCCUUGGGCCAUUUGUUCCUGCACCUCCUGAAAUUGCGAUGCAAAUGUUUCGAGAACAAGGCGGUCCCGCUCAAUUUGAAGGAGGUAGAAAUGGUAGGCAAGGGCAUCGUAUGGGUGGACCAUCCCCUAUCAUUGCUUUACCACCAACUCUUCGACAGGAUCCUAGGCGCUUGCGAAGCUAUCAAGAUCUUGACGCACCUGAAGAUGAAGUCACUGUGAUAGAUUAUCGGAGUUUGUAGAUUAUUGAGGUUACUGUAGAUCUUGACUCACCGUCCUGUUAUGUUUCACUAAUCCAGUAGGGCUGAUUUAAGGGUUUGUCCCAUUAGUAACAAUUUUUCCUCGCUUGUUAUGGAUUAUAUUCUUGCUUGUAAUAACAUUAUCCUCUAUAAGGCAGUUAUUCAAUAUUGAGGGGCAUUUUGUUUGGGUCAAAUAAGAUUUUUGAGGCAAUAUUACCAUUUAAUUUAUUUUGG